CAUUUUCAUAUUUAAAUACAUUCUAAAGCAGUGCAGUGAGUAUGAACACAUGUCAGUGCACAUAACUCUGUUCAGCGGUGUAUUUGUCAAACCUACUGACACACAGGAACAUCCAGCAGUGUGCUGUCCAGCUCCGUUAAACGUUUUGGGGAAGGGCAGUUCAGCCCCCUCAGUCCUCCCAUUGGCUCCAUCUGCAGUAACGUCUGCUUCAUGUCUUCUCGGGUUGGCGACGACAAAAGUUUGUUCCAGCACGAGAAACGUGGCCACAAAACAAACUAUCUGCCCGAGACGGUCCUCCCCUUAGCGAACUAUAUUUGUUAGCCCGACUAUUAGCAAAAUCGAAGAAAGGAAGAGUUUAAAAGUAGCGUUGUGAAAAAGGGACAAAGUGACGAGCAGGGAAACCAACUCCAGGACUUCUGGAAACUCUAACGUCACUCCUGUCUUGGACCGUGCAGUCAGCAUGACGGAGAAACCUCCUCUGGACAGCGACGAGAAUGGAGCCUGGUUGAGUGAGGCUCAGUCUGAAACUCAGCUUACAACUGGGCAAGGUCCAGACGGAGUUGAGACAUGCGAUGCCGACCGACCAGCAUGGGACUCUAAGCUCCAGUAUGUGUUAGCACAGGUGGGGUUCAGUGUGGGCCUGGGGAAUGUGUGGAGGUUCCCAUACCUUUGCCACCAAAAUGGAGGAGGGGCCUUCAUGCUGCUGUAUGUUUUUCUUUUAAUAUUUGUGGGAGUUCCACUGUUUUUCAUGGAGUUGGCAGCCGGCCAAAGCAUUCGCCAAGGCAGCAUUGGUGUAUGGAAGCACAUCUCCCCAAAGCUGGCAGGCAUCGGUUACUCCAGCUGCAUUGUCUGUUUUUACGUGGCUCUUUACUACAAUGUUAUUAUUGCAUGGAGCCUGUUCUACUUGGGUAAUUCUUUUCAGUAUCCUCUGCCAUGGGAGCACUGUCCAAUUGAUGUAACCACCAACGACACAGUGAAAGAAUGUGCAGGUUCUUCCCCAACGUCAUAUUUCUGGUUUCGGAAAGCUCUUAACAUCACGAAUUCCAUCGACGAAUCGGGAGAGUUUAACCCCAUCAUGACGGGCUGUUUAUUGGCGGCCUGGGCAAUUGUCUCCUUGGCUAUGAUCAAGGGCAUCAAGUCUUCUGCAAAGGUGAUGUACUUUUCCUCAGUCUUCCCGUAUGUGGUGCUCUUUAUUUUCCUCAUCAGAGGGUUGAUGUUGGACGGUGCGAUGGAAGGAAUCAAAUUUAUGUUUUAUCCUAAACUGGAAAUCUGGGGAAAUGUGCAGGUAUGGCGCCAGGCUGCUACACAAGUGUUUUUUGCCCUUGGACUUGGCUAUGGCUCUGUUAUCGCGUAUUCCUCCUACAAUCCAGUCCACAACAACUGCCACAGGGACGCGCUUAUGGUGUCCGGCAUCAACUUCAUGACGUCUGUGCUGGCCUCGCUGGUGGUUUUCGUCGUGCUGGGUUUCCGUUCCAAGAACACUGCACUACGCUGCAUGGCUGAAAAUCUUGGUCUUCUAAGCCUGAUGUCGUCCUAUGAAUCUAACCAGCACUUGGUUGGCCUUGGUUGGCCUUGGAUCAACAUGACAGAUCCAAGCUCUGUGUCUUUAGCUGAAUACAGAGAGUGGUACAGUCACUACAGCUCAACGAUUGGUCCUAACAUCACUGACUGCAGCCUGGAAGAGGAGAUGAAUAAGGGUGUUGAAGGGACAGGCCUGGCAUUCAUAGCCUUCACUGAGGUGAUGGCCCUUUUCCCUGCCAGCCCCUUCUGGUCCACACUGUUUUUCCUAAUGCUGCUCAACCUGGGCCUCAGCACCAUGUUUGGGACCAUGCAGGGAAUCCUCACACCUCUCAUGGACAAUUUUAGCUUCUUGGGCCGCCACCGGACCCUUCUCACUGUGUCCAGCUGUGCUUUGGGGUUCAUAAUAGGACUGUUGUUCACUCAGCGCUCAGGCAACUAUUUUGUGGCUAUGUUUGACGACUACUCUGCAACUCUACCGUUAGUCAUUGUUGUAAUCUUUGAAACCAUUAGUGUGGCGUGGGUUUAUGGAACAGAUCGCUUCCUGGAUGACAUUGAAGUCAUGCUCAAAUGGCGCCCUCCAGUGGUGUACAAAUAUCUUUGGAAAUAUGUUUGUUUGCUGUCGAUGGUUGGUCUUCUGGCUGCUAGUUUGUUGCGUAUGGUCUUCAAAAGGCCCACGUACACCGCCUGGAAUCAAACCACGGCCUCUGAGAAGACUCUUGAGUACCCUGGCUGGGCUCUUGGUAUGAUUGUCAUGCUGAUAAUCUUUGCCAGCUUGCCUGUGCCUAUUGGCUACAUCUAUUCCACAUUGAAAAAUCCCAAGGCCUGUAACACUCGCUCCGAGGAGGUGCACCAAGAGAUGCACCGUGAGUUGUACACCAAGUGCAGCUCCACUGAGCAGCUGGGUUCCCAUCACAGAGUCCCCACUGAGGAAGACAAGGCUCAUCCCAGGACUGCCUUUCUGCCGCUGGGCAACGAAGACUACCGGCUCCUGUCGCAGCAGGAGGAGGAGGAGGAGGAAGAUGAUGAUGAACAAGAUACAGGGGUUUGAGCAUGGCUGUGGGAGGAAGAAAUGUUUACAUGCUCCAGAGUGCAUGAGUAAGACCCAGCAAGAGAGAUCGCAAAGUGAAGGGAGGUCAGUAAUAAAGAGAAUUAUUUUUAAUCUGCGCAAGAGUCGUGGGUUUGCACCCAUUUAUCGUAUAUCAGUCAAAUCAAAAGCUUUUUAGAUUCUGUAGUUAUGAAAAUACAAGUCCUCCCUUCAUUCAUUGUCUGAACCAAUCACAAUAUUCUGACAAUAAAAACACUCGCAGAUGCAUCAAAAAGGAAUAAGCUGCUAUAUUUGAUGAAAUACAGAAUUUAUGGAAGGUUUUAGAGUUGGAAAGUGACACACUGUUGUCUUUUGUUUCUGCCAGCCUUGUUUCAUUCGUUGGCCGGUGAAUUGAAGAAGACGGCAACGGACAAAAUUAGGCUUUGAGUAUUUUUAGCUAAAUGCCAAGUAUAAAUUUGCAUGAAAACAUUCGUGUGUGUGUGUGUGUGAGAGAGAGAGAGAGAGAGAGUGUGUGUGUGUGUGUGUGUGUGUGUGUGUGUG